AAAAAAUUGAUCCUGUACUUUACUUCAAAGGAUAACAAAAUACCUGAUGUCAGUAACUGCAAGACUUUCAAAGAUUUCCACGCAACUCAUAUUUACAAUAGAUGGGCCAAAAAGAAGACAUCUAAAAAAGGACUCGAUUUUAUCUACGGCAAAGUUUAUCGGAAUUUUAGACGUACUCCUAGUUCAUCUACAAAAGUCAGAAAAAGACAAGAGGCACGCUUCGAUGCAUCGAUAAGGCAUACUUUUCAUAACGCUAAUCUACAAAUUGAUGCUCCGAUGGAUGAUAAACUCCGAGCUGCACAGCAUCAUAUGCUUUUGUUUCAAGAAAAUCAACAAUUCAGCAAGCCUAUUAAACAUCUUCGUUACAAGAAAAAAUUUAUCAUACCCAAACAAGAUGAUUAUACCUUUCUACUCCCAUUUCCUGAAACUAACACUAUUCCUAUAGUAGCCACGUCCGAUUUUAGUCAUAUUGACAGCUCCGUUGUAUCUCCACCCUUUGGUAAUUCUACACCACCACCAUCUGUUAUUGAUAUUUUUGAAAACGUGCCACUACAUUAUAUUUUGUUAAUUCCAGAAGAACCCUUUUAUGAAGGCGGUCUACACAAUCAACCUUCUCGCAACAGAAUUAGGAAACACAAUCUGAAACCACUUACGGUUGGCAGUCAUGCUUGGUUAGCCCAUAUGAAAGAAAUUUAUGAUAUCCAUAUAGAGGAUACGAAAUAUGAACUGGAUAAAAUUGAUGCUGGAAUUUGAUGGGAUACUACUCCCGAAAAAGGUAUCUACUGAGAGGAUCUUUGCGGCAUGAUUAUGGAAUAUACCACCGCUCAACAUGAUUAUGAGUUAAAAUUACUCGAAGUCUCAUCUAUCAUGCAAACCGUGCCUGGAUCACUUAAGAAAAGCAAACAAAGGAAACGAGAAAAAGAAAUAGCACAGAAAAAACAAGAAGAUACAGAAAUCUUAGAAGAGUUAUUUAAUUGUGUCAAAACUAUAGACCAUGCUAUAUACAUGGAAUACCACAGGGAAGAAGUUGGUUUAAAAUAUCAGCCUUGUGCCCUUAUGGAGGAUCGAACACUCAAACGAUGUGCCAAUGAUAACGGCAACUUAGACACUUUCUACGGUCAUCAUAAAAAUAAAAAGGUUUGUAUGAUAUCCACCUUAAAGGACUUGGAAAUGAGUUCAUCUGACAAUAUUAUCUAGUAUCUGU